GAAGAAGUUAAACGUCUUGUGGAGGAGAUUAAGGAGCUCCAUGACUCUGCCUCUUCCUUCAUCUCUUCUUCUUCUCAGCAAGAGCUCACCCUCCGGCAAAAAGCCUCCGCCUUUGACUCCUCCUUGCGCCGCCUCCACUCCACUCUCGUCUCUGACAAGCGUCUCGAUCCUAAGCUCCUUGAGGAAGAUCUACAUCGUGCUAGAUGCAUGCUCGCCGAUGGAGAUAUCUCUUCGUUUCUCCCAUCUAAACCCCAAGGACGAUUCGUGAGAAUGUUUCUGGGUCCUGUGAAUGUUCGAGCCUUGCGUAAAGACAUUAGGCUCAAAGUUAAAGAAGAAUACAAUAGCUACAGAGACAAGACAGCUCUUCUUUUUCUGUUUUUCCCUGCAGCACUUUUGAUCCUUAGAUCUUAUUACUGGGAUGGAUGUUUGCCUGCGUUUCCUGUUCAGCUCUACGAGGCUUGGCUGUUGUUCCUCUAUGCUGGGUUAGCUAUGCGUGAGAACAUAUUAAGAGCUAAUGGGAGCGAUAUCCGUCCAUGGUGGCUAUAUCAUCAUUACUGUGCCAUGGGUAUGGCCCUUGUCAGCCUCACAUGGGAGAUCAAAGGUCAACCAAACUGCGUCCAAAAACAGAGAGGAGUCCAUCUUUUCCUACAAUGGGCUAUGAUGCAAGGUGUUGCUAUGCUUCUGCAAAACAGAUACCAACGCCAAAGAUUAUACACUCGCAUCGCACUAGGAAAGGCUAAGAGGAUGGAUGUUGUAUGGGGAGAAACAGCUGGAGUUGAUGGACAACUAUGGUUGUUAUGUCCUAUACUCUUCAUUUUACAGGGAUUUGAAGCAUAUGUUGGAAUGCAGCUGCUAAGAGCAGCAUUAACAGGAGUUGUUGCUGAGUGGCAGGUGAUGGUUUGUGGAAUUCUUCUGGUAGUGAUGGCUGUUGGAAACUUUAUAAACACGGUAGAGACAUUGAUGGCAAAGUCAAGGGUUAAGGCAAAGAUGAAGAAAAGUAAAAGCAGAGCAGAGCUUAAUCAACAGACUUCAUAGCUUCUCAACUCUGUGAUCUCUUUUGUCUUUUUGCAUUUUGAUAAAUUUUGUUUUGUUUAGGCCACGAAAGGCGCAUCUUGUGAUCUGAAAACUACGAAACAUUCUGUGUAAAUGGGAAGUGGCAGUUGAUAUUUGAUGGAUUUUAUGUUGUGUUUGUACAAAUUUCAACUGAUAUAGUUUGUAUGUUUCUAAGUGUCAGAUCUUGAAGAUGGAAUAAGACUUGUAUCAUUGUCAUUCAGCUUUGUAAGAAUUAGAACCAAACUAAACCGGACGUUUAGGCCUAGUUUUAAGUUUAUAAGGUGUUUUGCUGCUAUCUGUUUUGUCC